UCUCAUCUCCCACCAUCCCCUCCGCCCCGCCGCUCUACGUCGCACCCGUCGUCCGCGCACUCGAGCGCAACACGCAGCGCUGAGCGACUGUGCCCUCUGCAGUCCGCCGCCUGUCUGCUCCGCCUCUUGCGUCGAGCAGGCCUGCUGCUCGCAGCCGGCCGCCCCUCGCACCUCCACUUCGCGCCGCCAUGGCGCGCAUGAAGAAGACGGCAGCAGUGCGUCGUGGGCCGCCUGCGCAGGUCGUGGCUCCCGAGGGUGCAGGACCGAGCAACCUUGCGCCGCACUCCGCUCCUGCUGCUGCCAGCGGCAGCGCUCCGGCCGCGGCGCCGCCGGCACCCGCCUCUGGCGACAAGGGCAAAGGCAAGGCGCUGGAGCUGGCAGCCGACGCCGAGCACACGCGGAAGAAUGCUCUGGUGACGCCGCUACAGACGCUUCAUGAGGCGCCAACGGUCUCUGGAUCGUCGCCCGUGCGAGUGGAGAUGGACGAGCUGGCGUUCUGCGAGUGGUCUGCUCUUGUGGAUCUGCACGCGAUGUGGCGCGCACUCGACGCUGCAGCACAGGUGCACGUGAAGACGUCGCCUUCGCUGGCGGGAGAGCGCAUUGCUGCAGAUGCUUUGAGCGGAUCGAUGUCGCACGCCAUGGAAGCGCAGUCAGCCCAACAAGGCAAGCGCAGCCUUUUCCUGGCCGAGGCGGACGUGCGCCAGGCGCCCGCGAAGAGGCUGAAGCGCGAGCAAUCGUUGUCACCGGACAUGGGCGUCUACCAGUCCCAGUCUCCGCUUCCGUGGUUCUCGACUAUGCUUUCUUUCCGGCUCGAGCCGACACAGGCACAGAUGUCGCCGGGCGAGUGCGACAAGCUCCGCGACAGUCUCUCCCUCGGAAGCGUCUCGAUGGAGCCCGUGCCCGCUCCGGAUGACGGCAGCGACACGGCUGGCACGCCCGUCAUCGUGCAGCCGUACCGCCUGUUGACUGCGCAGGGCGACAGCAUCGCUACUGUUCCUCUCAUCGACUUGCCUGGCGCGUCCAUCGAGCGUGGCCGGCACAGCUGGACGAAUGGCCCGUGGCUGCCGGCUGCGCUUCGCCUUCGCGACACGCACAUCGAGCUGCAAACCGAGCUGCAACUGCGCUUCAGCACGGCCGGCCCAACGCGCACCUCUGGAGAGCUCAUUCUGGAGCUGCACGUGGCUGUGGCGCUGCUGCCAGCCGCCUUUGAGCCAGCUCAGGGAGCGGCAGCGAGCGACCUCAACGCACUUGUACGCUUCGCCUCGCCGUCGGCUGCACGCGAGGCAGCGCGCCAUCGCUGCGGACAGCAGCUCAGCGAGCGCUUCGUCUACGCAAGCCUGCAUGCCUCGACGCUGCCCGCAGGCGCCGGCCUGCAGCCCGUGCAGCUGGAGCCGACACUCAUGCCGUUCCAGCGCCGCUCCGUCAACUUCCUCCUCGGCCGCGAAGGCGUUCAGCUGGCGCAGCCCGAUGCGCCACCGCCGGCGGAAGGGCGCUCGGCCCUCGUUCCGACCUCCGGCAUCAUGGGCGCGCGCGGCGAGAUGGCCACUGGCCUUUGGUGGGAGACGGUAGCCUCUGCGUCCUCUCCGCUGUUCUUCAACGCUUUCGCCGGCAUGUUCACACAAGAUGCGGACGCUGCGCGCUUCAACAUCCGCGGCGGCAUUCUUGCCGAGGAGAUGGGACUUGGCAAGACUGUCGAGAUCUUCGCGCUCAUCCUGCUGAACCCAUGCGCUUCGGACGUGAUCGACAACCCCAUGUCGUUCUACAGCGACACGCUCAAGCUCGACGUGACGCAUGCGCGCACCACCCUGAUCGUCUGCCCCGAGCUCCUCCGGCAGCAGUGGAUCGACGAGGCUCAGACGCACGCGCCCGACCUGACCGUGUUCAACUACGUCAACCACCUGCAGGCGGGCAAGGCGGUACCCAAGGGCACGACCUGGACCGAGUUCGCUCGCAAGUUUCAUGUCAUCGUUGCGUCAUACGAGACGCUGAAGUCUGAGCUUCGCGUCGCCAAGCCAGAGCGCGAGCGUGAGCGCCGCUUCGAGCGCCGCUACGAGCGCCCGCGCAGUCUCUUGGUCCAGCUCGCGUACCACCGCGUGGUGAUGGACGAGGUGCAGCUGGUCGGCAACUCCAUGGCCGCCGAGACCGUGUCGAUGAUCGAGCGUAGCUCGUCGAUCGCCGUGUCUGGCACGCCUGUCACGCGCCUCGACGAUCUGCGCUCGCUCUUCCGCUUCCUCCGCGUUCUCGGCCCGUACGACACGCCUGUUGCCUUCAAGCGCCUGCUCACGCCGGAGCUCGCGCCGACUCUCGAGCGCGUCCUCGGCACGCUCGCCACGCGCAACACAAAGGCGCAGGUGCGCGGCGAAACGACGCUGCCGCAGCAGACGCGCUACAUGCUGCCGGUCGAGCUCGGCCCUGUCCAGCGCACGUUCUACGAGGAGCUCUGGACCGCGGCCCUGUCCGAUCUGAACCUCAGCGGACAGAGCCACAAGCUGUCGGCCGUCGGCGAGAACGGCGCGCUGCGCCAGACGCCACCUGACAUCAACAAGCUGCGCGCUCACCUUUCGCUUCUGCGUCAGGCAUGCACGCACCCGCAGGUCACGGACCGCUCGGUCACUGCAAAGGCGGGGCGCGGAAUUGCGACCAACACGAUCCAGUCGAUGCAGGACGUGCUGGACCGCAUGCGCGAGGACGCAGUCGCCGCUCGCGACUCGCACUUCCUCAGCCUCAAGACAAAGGAGAUCAGCGCUGCUCUGUUGCUCAUCCAGAGCCCCAAGCCUCGCGCAGAGCCCGUCUACGAAGAAGCGCGGGACGAGCUCGUCCGGCUCCGCGCCGGCCUGGAGGUGCGCAUCGGCGAGAUGAGACAGGCGCUUGCCGUUGCGCACAAGUCUGGUCCGCUCUACCGCUUCACGAGCGUCGAGGCGGCCGCAGCCGAGGGCGACGAGGACCUCCUGCGCGACAGCGACGGCACCGAUGGCCGACAGAUCGACGGUGAGCAGGCGCUCCAGCGUCGCGACAAGCUCAGAGCGCGCGCGGCGCACACCGGCGCCAUCAGCUUGCGCCUGCGCCUGCACCUCGAGCAGCUGCACCGCACGUACGCGUGGCUCGGCAACGUCUACUUCCGCAUGGGCGAGCGCGACUUCGCGGCGGCGCAGGCGGCGGCAACAGCAGCGCUGGCACCGAUGGUCGAGGAGGCGCCCGCCGCUGCCGCUGUGUCGCCGCACAAGGCGCAGGAGGACGAGGCAUACGCUGCUGCAGAGUCCGUGCGCCAGGAGCUGCUCAAGGAGAGCCUCGACGACGUCGAGCGCGGCGCCGCUCCGGUCAAGACAGCGGCCGCGCCCGUACUCGCCGUCGAGCAGCAGUUUGGCAACGGAGGCAUCAUGAGCUUCGUCGAGUUCACGUCGCUGCAGACGCUUGCGGGGCUGCUGGACGCCAAUGCGGCUGUGGUGGUUGCGUGGCGCAAGCGCAUCAUCGACCAGAUCCUGCGGCCCGUCAACCGAGAGGUGGACCUCAACGACGAGAACGACGACCAGUACGCAGAGGCACUCGAGGCUCAGAGCGAGGCGGAGACGCUCCUGGAGAUGUACCGCGUGCUGCUGGCCGAGCGUGAGGCCAUCGUGUCUGGUGCACUGGCAACGGGUGCCACAAGCAAGCCCAACUUGUUCGUCCAGCUCGAGCGGCAGGUCAACGAGCAGAAGCGCCUGCGCCUGCUCGUCGGCGACGACAAGAACAGCGAGUUCAAGGACGACCUGCUCGACGGCGACCAGCUGCAGACGCUGCAGACGCAGCUCAAGCUGUUCCGCACGCUCAACAAGGAGCGGCAGAAGGUGGGCCUCGGCAGCGAGCGGCCCAUCGUCGCCAUCGUCCAGGCACUGCGCGAUGUGAUCGCCCGCUGCGACCGCGACGAGGAGAUGGCCAUCGCACGCCGUGGCCUUGGCGAUGCGCGUGACAUGCAGCGCAAGGCACAAAACGACCUGGAGAAGCUGCGCCGCGAGCAGCUCGUGCUGGCGCGUCUCUUCAACGCCCGCUCCACGUACUUCCGCCGCCUGCAGAGCAUCAGCGACACGGCUCGAGAUGAGGUCGUGCGCAAGAGCUACGAGAUCGAUCGCGCGAUCCUCAAGAAGGAGGCCGAGCAGAUGCGCCAGGAGCUCGGCCGCCUCGAGUCACGCUCGCGCUACCUGACGAACAUGGACGCCGCGCCCGAGAUCAUGUGCACGAUCUGCUACGAGGACAAGGAGAUCCAGUGCCUGCUCGACUGUGCCCACCGCUUCUGCGUGCCAUGUGCCCUCAAGGCGCUCGAGCCGCCGAUGCACGGCAAGUGCUACGUCUGUCAGCAGGUGACGCCUCGCGGCCGCCACCUGACGCGCGUGGCCGUGACGGAGGCGGCUGCGGCUGCGGCGCGCGCCGCCAACGAAGAGGCUCGUCGGGCGUCCAAGAGCGCCUCGUCUGACCUCUAUGCCGCUGCGCCGCUGGAGAUCAAGCCGCUGUACAACCUGCUGGAGCGCGAGGAGCGCGAGGACAUCGAGGCGGUGCGCCUCUCGACGCGCUACGGCGCCAAGCUGCAGCUGCUGGUGCAGCACGUGCUGCACAUCUCGCAGACGCAGACGGCCACGAAGCUCAUCGUCUUCUCGUCGUUCUCGCGCGGCCUCGACCUCGUCUCGCAGGCGCUCAAGACGCAGGCGCUGCGCCACGUGCGCGUCGACACUGGCGGCCGUGUCGCGGCGCGCCAGGUCGACGCCUUCCGCAACAGCCGCGACACGAACGUGCUGCUGCUGCAUUCAGAGGCACAGUCUGCCGGACUGAACCUGACCUGCGCCAGCGUAGUCAUCCUGCUGGAACCGUUCGUGAACCACGCCGUCGAGCUGCAGGCCAUCGGCCGCGUGCACCGCAUCGGCCAGACGCAAGCGACCUCGGUCUUCUGCUACUCGGCCAUCGACACCGUCGAAGAGCGCAUCUGCAGCGCCCAAGUCGCGCGCGGCACGAGCCUCUACGUGCUCGCCAAUGCCCGCUCCGCCGAGAUCCCCGACGCCGCCAGCGUGGCUGCAAGUGAUGGGCGCGCGGCGGCGCCUGCCACGACGCCGGGCCCGCGCAGCAAGAAGGGCCCUCCCGGCGAGCAGAUCAACUCGGUGCGCGAGCUGCUCGCGUGCUUCUUGCCCGAGAAGCAGCCCACAUACGCGCCUGCCGCGGCGUCAUCGAGCGCUGCUGCGUCCGCCAGCGCUGCCGCCGACUCGCGCCGCCGCCUGAUGCUGGCGGCCGCCGAGCGUCGCCAGAUGGAGAGCGCCUGAGGCCCGCCGCCGGGCCCCACCGCGCCGCGCAUUUCCCGCCCUCAGCCACAUGACCCACUGAUCCGCCCGGCUCCACCAUCCACCGCGUGGCGCAUCGCGCCGCCCCCAAGCCCGCCAUACCAUACCCCACAUCCAUCGCGUCACCCGUCAUCACAUCCCGUUCCCGUGUCCGCCGCGAGCCAGUCUGGAGACGAGCAAGCCUCGCGCGCACUGUUGCCAGGUCCUUCGGCCCGCCCGUCAGGCCCUCCGCCAAGCGCGUUCCUCUCUGCUCGUCCCGUAAGCAUCGAAUCUCCAUUGCCUCCCAUCUCCCCCCAUCCCGUUCUCCUCUACUCCUCCUCCUCCUCGCCGCCGCCCUGCUGCCGCGCGGCGACGCGCUCGCGGUUCUGCUGGAUCUGCUCCUUCUUGGCGGCAAUAUAGGCCAGCUGGCGGCCCUCGAGGCCGUGCAUGUAGUAGCCCAGGCCGCCGAACGCGGUGAUCA